UCGCCUGUCUAACUCAUAUAAGGUCUGCCAUGCUUGCUGCACGAUUUCUUGCAUUACCUCGUUUCAAAUCUUUCGCCUUCACUACACAAUCUAUACGCACAAUGUCGUCUCAUGAAGCUGUCAUCGUUGCUGCAUCAAGAACGCCUGUUGGCUCACUCAACGGCGCUCUGAAGACCUUCACUGCCCCACAACUCGGUGUCGUUGCUCUCAAACAUGCAUUUGAGAGCUCGGGAGUGGAUCCUGCCAUUGUCGAGGAAAUCUACCUUGGAAAUGUCGUGCAGGCUGGUGUUGGUCAAUCCCCGGCACGGCAGGUAGCUCUCUCUGCUGGCAUGAAGUCGUCGUCAGAUGCUACUACCAUCAACAAAGUUUGUGCUAGUGGAAUGAAGUCCAUCAUGCUCGCUGCUCAGAGCAUUGAGAGCGGUUACAAGACCGUCGUUGCUGCCGGAGGAAUGGAGAGCAUGAGUAAUGCACCUUUCCUGCUCCCCCGUCAAAACCCAUUGUUUGGUAAAUUCGAGACCAAAGACUCAGUAGAGAUUGAUGGACUAUGGGAUGUUUACAACAACUUUGCCAUGGGUAACUGUGGUGAAUCUGCUGCCGAAAAAUACGGUAUCUCGCGAGAAGCUCAAGAUGCUCAUGCUAUCGAAUCCUACAAGCGCGCUGACCGGGCUUGGAAACAAAAUGUAUUCGAUAAAGAGAUCGCACCCGUCACCGUGAAGGGCAAGAAGGGUGACACCGUGGUCAAGGAGGAUGAGGAAUACAAGAAGGUUAUCUUCGACAAAGUGCCAUCACUCAGGUCCGCCUUCAAGCAGGGAGGUACCAUUACCGCCGCGAACUCCUCUAAUCUCAACGACGGUGCAUCUGCUCUCAUCCUCAUGUCUGCCGAGAAGGCCAAAGAGCUUGGUCUUAAGCCUCUCGCCAAAGUAGUCUCAUAUGCCGAUGCUGGAGUUGACCCCAUUGAUUUCCCCAUGGCCCCAACUGUUGCACUACCCGAAGCUCUACGAAAAGCUAACUUGACCGUGGACGAUAUAUCACGAUUCGAGAUCAACGAAGCAUUCUCUGUCGUCGUUCGUAUUGCAGAAAAAGUGCUGAACAUUGAUCCUGCAAAGAUCAACAUUGACGGUGGUGCCGUUGCUCUUGGUCACGCCAUUGGGAACUCGGGUUCGCGCAUUGUCGUAUCUAUGGUCCAUGCUUUGAAACCAGGACAGUAUGGAGCUGCUGGAAUUUGCAACGGUGGCGGAGCUGCGUCUGCCAUUGUUAUCCAGAGGCUAUAAUUUGGUAUAGUCUCUGCAUGUUGCGAUCACCAUUGAGGGGCUUUGGGCACUACUUGUACAAGAUGAACCUGUACUACUAGAUAAAACUACAUAGCUGUAUUGGGCCGUCUGCUACUCACAUUUAAUAAUGCAAUUGGUCGAAGCUACUGUAUCU